AUCCCUGAAGACCCAGCGCAGAGACGGCUCCGGGAACUUGCCCUGCUGAGCACACGGCUGCAGCAGGUUCACCCCAACGUCCUGGCCAAAGUGCUCAAGCAGGGAACAGUCUUCCAGAACGAGGAGAUCGUGGUGAUCAACAAACCCUACGGCCUCCCCGUGCACGGCGGCCCCGGUGUCAAGAAUUGCAUCGCCGACGUGUUGCCGAUUUUGGCCAAAAUGUUGGAGAACAUGAAAGCCGAACCCCUCCACCUCUGCCACCGGCUGGACAAAGAGACCACAGGCGUGAUGGUGCUGGCGCGGAACAAGGAGACGGCGGACAGGAUCCGGCUUCUCUUCAAAACGCGGCAGGUGGAGAAGAUCUACUGGGCGAUUAUUGUGGGCGAUCCCGACCCCACCGAGGGCGUGGUGGAGAUCCCCAUGGUGGAGAAGGAGGUGCGAAGCCACCAGUCGCACUACAAGAUGACUCUGGCCCCCAAUUAUCGCCUGUCUCCAGAGGACGGAAAAGUGGUGAAAAUCCGUAAAAACCGCGAUGCCGAAAGCGCCGUGACGCGGUAUCGCCGCCUGGCCAGCUCUUCUGCCUGCUCACUNCUGGAGCUCCAGCCCAUCACGGGGGUGAAACACCAGCUCCGCGUUCACCUCGCCUACGGUUUGGGGUGCCCCAUCCUGGGCGAUCACAAAUAUUCCCACUGGAGCAAACUGGCGCCCCAGAAACUUCCAGAAAUCACCUUGAAGAGGUUGAAACUGCAGCAGAGCAAAGCUCGUCACCUUCCUCUCCACCUCCACGCCUACCGGCUCUUGCUGCCCCUUGGCGAGCGGCUCAGCCUCGUCUGCAAGCCGCCCCUCUUCUUCCAAAAAACUCUGAGGAAGCUGGAGCUGGACAUCACUAAAGACUAA